CAACCACUGACCUCCCCGGGGAGUGUCUGUUCCUCCCGUGGGUCCAGCGUUCCUGGAUCACCCUCCAGCAUCGUGGCCAAAAUGGACAAUGAGGUCCUGGGCUACAAGGACCUGGCUGCCAUCCCCAAGGACAAAGCGAUCCUGGACAUCGAGCGCCCCGACUUGAUGAUCUAUGAACCCCAUUUCACCUACUCGCUGAUGGAGCAUGUGGAGCUGCCCCGGAGCAGAGAGCGUUCCUUGUCUCCCAAAUCCAUCUCUCCUCCUCCAUCUCCGGAGGUCAUCCGGGAAUGGCUGGAGAGCCGGACCCCCGGCACUGCCCCACAGCCCACCCCUCGCCAGGGCAGCAGCUCGACCCGCAGCAGCGUGCAGCACUUCCACAGACCUGAGACCGACACGACAGAGCUCAACAUAUACAAGAAGCCACCAAUUUACAGGCAGAAAGACCACCAUCCUGGUGCUCACCAUGGGAAGCAUCUCAUAGAGGAUUUGAUCAUCGAAUCCUCCAAGUUCCCAGCAGCGCAGCCCCCAGACCCCAACCAGCCCGCCAAGAUCGAGACCGAUUACUGGCCGUGCCCCCCGUCCCUGGCUGUCGUGGAGACGGAGUGGAGGAGGCGGAUGGCAUCCAAGAGAGGGGAGGAGGAGGAGGAGGAUCUGACAGAGGAGAUGAAGAACCUGCGGGAGCUCCAGAGGCAGGAGCUGAGCAAG